AAAUAGGACAUCGCGUACUGGAAUCUCAGCUGUUUAAGUACGAAUAUUGAUAUUAUUAUUUAAAGUGCUGUUUAAUGAUCUGAAAUCAUUGCAUUUGAUCUGAAAGCAUUUUUGGAAAGGAAGAAAGAUGUUGUCAACGUUGAGAAUUCUGCCACGUAUGCUUGGCACCGCGACGGAAAAUCUGAUAAAACCAGCAAAUGGUCUUCAGCUACAGAAACUUCGAAGUAGAUGUUCAAACAGACAUUUUCACAAAUGUAGAACUUUAUCACAGAGAACAAAUGUGUUGCCAGAAAUUGAGGACUUCCCACAGAUAGAUGUUCCAGAGUACAAAGAAGAAGCCGAAGAAGCAACGAUUUUUCGAGGGAUGGAAACAGAUUUUCCAUGUUUAACAAGAAAUAAACUCAACGGGCCAGAACCAGAGUAUAACAAGGUUGUAUCUGGAUACAAGACUUUUACAUCACAGAUACCCUUCCCACUGAAGUAUAACCAUGCAGUGCUUCCAAAUAUCACGAUAGCUUACGAAACAUGGGGAGAACUGAAUGAGAAUAAAGACAAUGUUGUACUGAUUCAUGCUGGUUUGUCUGCAAGUUCACAUGCAAAAAGCCAUGAGGAGAAUAUGUCACCAGGCUGGUGGGAGAAGUUUGUAGGAUCUGGUUGCGCUCUUGAUACAAAUAAAUUCUUCAUUAUUUGUACUAACAGUUUAGGUAGCUGUUAUGGUUCGACAGGACCAUCAUCAAUAAACCCAGUAACAAAUGAGAAAUAUGCAACAACUUUCCCAGUAAUAAGUGUUGAAGAUAUGGUCAGAGCACAAUUUCUUUUGCUGGAUAACUUAGGUAUUGAAAAGUUACACAGUAGUGUUGGUUCAUCAUUAGGUGGGAUGUGCUCAUUACAGGCUGCAGUUAUGUACCCUGAAAGGGUAGGCAGAUUAAUCUCAAUAUCAUCAUGUGCUCAUUCCCAUCCGUCCUCCAUUGCUAUGAGAUAUCUACAGAGGAAAGCUAUUAUGUCCGACCCUAACUGGAACAAAGGUCACUACUAUGGUGCAAAAUAUCCUAAAAUGGGGAUGAAGCUUGCAAGAGAAAUUGCUACGAUAACAUACAGAAGUGGACCAGAAUGGGACCGAAGAUUUAAUCGUGACAGAAUUGAUAAUACAUGUCCACCAACCCUCUGUCCAACAUUUUCUAUAGAGAGUUAUUUAGAACACCAAGGAGAAAGCUUCGCUACGAAAUACGACCCCAAUUCUUUACUUUAUAUAUCAAAAGCAAUGGAUUUAUUUAACAUAGGAGAGAGUUACGAAUCCCUUCAUGCAGGUUUAUCUCGUGUGAAUUGUCCUGUAAUGGUUAUUGGUGUACAAACAGAUAUUUUAUUUCCUAUUCCGCAGCAACGAGAACUGGCAACAGCUCUACAGGAAAGUGGUAACCCAACAGUGACAUUUUAUGAACUGAAUUCUCUGUAUGGACAUGACACAUUUCUACUGGAUCUGAAUGGUGUUGGAGCAGCUGUUAAGGGCUUUCUUGAGACAGAUUUAAGAGAAUCAGGAAUCGAAGUGCCUAAAUCUCAACAUGCCUCAACAUUUACAAACAAAAAGGACAGAGUUUUUUUCUAAGGAGGGUGCUGACAGAUUUACAUGUAAAAGGACAGCAUUUAUACUAAACCAACCAACAGUAUACUGAUUUGCAAAAGAAAAAGGAUCAAAAUUGUUUUUUACUCAUUGGAUUUUUUCUGGUUUAUGAUAAAAACCUGUGUUGCUCAUUUAUAAUAAAACCUGUCAUGAUACAAAAACCCAAAGACAAUGACAUAUUUCAAUGUUUAAGGGAGCUACCAUUUGAUUUGUAUGGGGGGGCUAGGAUGAAAUUUGAAAAAAAUAGGCAGGACAGGAGUUUUGAGUAAAAAAAAGACAGGAUGAGAUUAUUUGCAAAAAAAAAAGGCAGGAUGACAAUUUAUGUAAAAAAAAAGUCAGGAUAAACUAAAAAAAAAAGGCAGGACCGAAUAGAGUGAAAAAUAAAAAGGCAGGACCGAGUAGAGUGAAAAAUAAAUAGGCAGGACAAAAUUUUUUAUCCUAGCCCCCCCCCAUAAAAAUCAAAUGGUAGCUCCCUAACAAUAAAUUUACAUAUGAGCAGUAUGAGAUUUAAUUUUUAGUAUUAUUUUGUUUAAAGAAAGAUGUAGUGAUACUAAAUGGAAGUAAUAUUUGUAUAGGCCUUAUAGUUUAACCAAAGAAUGUCAUAGUAAUUUCCAACCCUCAAAAUCAUCUGCACACAUAUCUUAUUUUAUUGAUUUGAUAUCAUAAUUGGAUUGAGGGGUUUUCUCAUACAUAUAACAUUUUUUAAAAGGUAUCUUAAUAUUUGAUUUUCUUUAGAAUUAUUAUAUUCAUAUGCUUCUUUGCAAUGAACAAUUGAUAUCAGCUUUUAAUGCAAUUAUUUUUGUUCAUUAUUUAGUUGCAAUUCAAAUGUAUUUCUCAUUUUAUAUUUAUGGCAAUCUUUGUUUUUCAUUCAGUCAUUGAUGUCAGAAUUAAACUUUUUAAAAUGCCUUUUACAUGAGGAAACCUCAUCUCCACUUCUUGGAAACUUUAAUUUUGCAAGGCAGCAAAUGAAUAGACUUGAUUAAUUAAAAUUUAUCAAUGAAUAAACUAUGUGAAAUUAAAAUAUUCUUCUAGAGAUUUUUGGAUUAUUCCCCUUUGAUUAAAAAAACAAAUUGAAAUUAAUUUUUUUUUUUGCUGUUUAAUGGAUAAUUAUUCUAUUUACAUUUAAUGCAACUUUAUAUUAUCUGCAAAGCAAAAUGUCACAUACCCUAUCCUUUGCAAAAACUGCUGUGAUGUAGAUCAUAGCUCCAAGAGGCAUGAUAUUGUUUUAUUUAAAUAGGCAGUUUAAGUACUUUUUAACUUGUAUACUUUGAUAAAUUAAAUGAUAUUGUCGUUUUUGUUUUUUUUUGUUUAUGGUUGUGUUUUUUUGUAAUUCAUUAUUUUGCUAAGUUAAAUUUAAGGCAUUAUUGGAGUAUAAACUAAAAAUGAUAGAACUUUUUCAUGCUUUGCAAAAAUGAAGUAUAUAUUGUGAUAUGUUCAAAAAUAUUAUAAGAAUGAUGGGUCACCAAGCUUUUUUUUAAGCUACAGGUUGUGAAAAAAUGAAACUUUUUGUAUGGAUCAUCCAAAGAAAAAGUAUUAUUAACAGAAGGUAAACUAAAUGAUAGAAUUUUUAAAUAAUAUUUGAGAAUAUAGCUUUUGUAAAAUGCUUUCAGAUUAUAUUUUUUAACUCAUUAGCAAUAAAUUUGUACACAUACAAAAGGUGCGUUUGACAGAAAAAUAAAAGGUUUCAGUAUAGUAAGUAUGAAAUGAAAGAUGAUUGUAUGUUAAUUAUCAUGUGAUCACUACACAUAAGACAAUUUUUGUUAUUCUUCAUGUGUUGAGUAGGUUUAGUGAGCUGUUAUGUAUAAAACUUGGUCCAAACUUUAUUCUGCUUUGAAUUAAAUAUUUAAACAUCAUUGUUAUUACAUGAAGUGAGAUUAUAGUGCAAUUUUAUCUAGAAUAUUGAAACUCAUAGAUUGGUUUUCUUUUUUAUCAAAACCUUAUAGUAUGAUCAAAAACUAUAUAAGAAUUCAUGACAAAUAUUAAAGUGCAAUAGACACUUAUUGAUAAGUGUUUUGAUUGAAAGAGAAGCAAUAAAGAGGUGAUGCAAUAUGUAGUACACUUGAUGUUAUGUGUACUAUGGGAUUAUUGACUGAAAGUUUAUUGGCAUUUUAUAUUUCUCUGGUUGAUGACAUUCAAUUUGAUAUUUCCUAUGUAGGUUAUUUUUAGUAUAAAUCAGGAGUAUAUUCAAUUUCUUUGAAGAAAAACAAUAACAUACAAGCAUUUGAAAUGUUUUAAAGGUGUUUAUAGUUGUAUAGUGUAGAGACAUUUGUUUUUUUUUUUCUUAAUUUUUCCAAUGAAAUUUGCACUUGAUUUUUUCAAGAAAGAGAUAUAUGCUCAUGUACGAAUUUAAAAAAUUGCUUCAUUUUUUUCUCUAGCUGCUCUCCUUGUUAAGUUGUUAGUUUUACAAAACCAUAUCAAAUAACAUUCCCCUGUAUUAAAUCUAUUUUGCUUUUUAGAUCUUUUUAAACCAAUUAUUUUCUGCUUUUAAAGCUUUUGCAUUAUGCAUAAUGUAUGAUCAGAUGAUUCAGCUCAAGAUCCUUGAAAACUAUUUAACAACAAAAUUAUAUAUAAUUUUCUUGUGAAAAGAAUAUUUUCUAGUACAUGCUAAGUAUGUUUGUAAACUUCUUGUGCUGAUCAAGUUAUGCAAUGCUUGUUUUUAUUAUUGUUUAUCCAAAGUGUUAGGGCGUUAAGCCAGGUAAUAAUGUAAUAAAGUACCUGACUGCAAUUAUAUGAUAUUUUUGUCUACUGACAUUAUAUGUAACUUCUUGGGAAAGGUUUAGUUUUUGGUGACUCAUUUUGUUGGUUUGAACAAAUUUGUUGUUUUUAAGAUAUGCUGUUAAGGUUUGGUGUAGAUAACUACUGACCAUGCUGUUAAGGUUUGGUGUAGAUAACUACUGACCAUGCUGUUAAGAUUUGGUGUAGAUAACUACUGACCAUGCUGUUAAGGUUUGGUGUAGAUAACUACUGACCAUGCUGUUAAGGUUUGGUGUAGAUAACUACUGACCAUGCUGUUAAGGUUUGGUGUAGAUAACUACUGACCAUGCUGUUAAGAUUUGGUGUAGAUAACUACUGACCAAUUAGAGACCAUAUACAUACUGUUUUAGAACAGACACUUAAAUUUGUUGACAAAUUUGGUGUAAUUGUUGAUUUUCCCUAUCUUUUUCAAAAUUAUAUAUAUCAAUAAUUUGCCGUAUUUAUUUGUUAUUUUUUUGUAUCUUCUCCACUAUGUGUUUUAUUUUUGUUGUCAUUUGAUUCAUGAUUUCAAGUAAGAAUGUAAAGCAAUAAAUGGUUUUUUUUUUAAUGUUGCAAAUGUGAUAUGUGUAUCACUGGAUAAAUGGAAUGAUUUACAUGUAUGUUAAAAUUAAAGUCAUAUGAAACUUCAAAUUUAAAAAAAAAGUUUAACAUGUUUUAUAUACUUGAAUACUAUAAAACAAGUGUUAGUUAACUUUCUUGUAAAAGAAGAUCCUUUAUAUUAUCAAAAUCUUCAUAAAUGUACUGCUAUUGAAUUAUUGUCUUCCUAUACACUAAUUCGCUGAUAUUUUUCCGCAUGCAGUGACCUUAACUAUGAAACCUCUUGUUAGAACUUCGGCCAUCGCUGAGGUUCACAGCGCAAGUGAGAGGGGGAAACCAUGAUUAAAAAAUGUAAACAAACAUGCACUGGAAGGUAAAUAGUAAUAACUGAUUCUUAAAGAACAAAUUUAAUACAACAAAUCAUUUAACAACUGUUAAGGAAAAGUUUAAUAAACAAAUGGGAACAUAUUGAAAGUAUAUUUUUUUUAUCUCAUGGCUAUAUCUGUUCACUUAUUUGUCACGAGCUCUACAUGCUCUGUGUUGAUUGUUUAUCAAUGUCACGAUCCGGAAAAACCUCGGCAACAAACUCGAAAAUUAAUUAGCUUGUGAUCAACAACCACUGAAUGAACUAUUAUUUGUCGAUAAUACAUUAUAGAUUUGUAAUAGACAAGAAAACAGUGCAUACAGGACUUAGUUUAGUAUAUAUGCAUGUAUUGGUUCAAUAAUUUUGAUAACAUUGAAAUUACAAGAAACUUGUUUCAUAUGAUUUUAAGUAGUGCUAUAAUUAUAAUUUAUUUCAUAUAAUUUACAUGAUUUAUAUUAUUCAAUAAAAAAUAAAUCAAUAUAA